CUUUUGUUAGUUUGUUAGCAAUGAGUAUACAGAGCGAUAUGCGGCGUGGGAGGAACGAACAUCGUUAGUAUAUAUUAGGGUGAACCCACUCGCUACUAGGCAUCACUCUCCCCUGAGUUCACCAUGUCAGACAGGGCUGCGAAGCUCCAGAAGCUCGAGUACCAUCGAAAUGCACCAAGGCCUCGAAAAGUCAAACAAGACAUCGUGAUCUUCCCGGUCAUGCGCACACGGGCACCAACUCCUGCCGCAACCGCGGCAGUAAGUAGGGAGCAUAGUAGAGGCCCGGCGGACACAAAAGGUCGUAACGACGAUCAGCCGCCGCUAAACUCGAUGGUCACUGUAUCCACAAGCCUUCAAGUGCCCCCGCAAGGUCGUUUUGUACCAAGCCCCUCAAUCCCCGUCGAAAGUAGCGUCAACACGGAAGAUCAGAGAUUGGGCGAGGACCUAGUACUCCGUCUGGAGGAGGUCUCGUCGCAUGACGACGAUAUCAUCAUGCAGGAUCAGGCGCUUGAGGAGGAGGAUGCAUGGGGAAGUCAGCACGACAACGACAUGACCAUGGCUUCGCCAACAACCAGCGAGCACGACGAUGCUAUGGACGUGCAGCCUAUCCUGCCAACUUUGGACGUCCCGCCCGAGGUGGCCCAAGAUUGCGGGCAUAUCGAUAUUCCCAGAGCGCCUUUUCUUUGCCCGGUGCUCGGAGUAGGUGCAGAGUUGAUCACCUUCGCGCAGCCCAAUUUGGAAGCGGCGCACUAUGGCCCCUGGGGUCUCAUCUCUUAUUAUUAUUUUGGCAAGGGGCGAAUCCUGCUAUCGCGUAAGUGCGUAGUGUCGGCGGUGCCUAUAUCUCAAUAUCCCGCUGGAGGCACUUUGGAACUUCUCGACAGCCAUAAAGCCUCGACUAAAGCGUAUCUUUACGCCAAAUCCAUCCGAGUGCCCGACUGGUCGCAGAUAUCGGUGCUCAGCAAGCCGGACGCAUGUAUCCCCCCGGACAUGAAUUUCUGGGAUUGGUAUCGGACCACACAGAUGGGACCGAUGCCGGAGGGCAAAUUUCAUCUGCUGAAGUUUCGCUGCACCCUCCUAGCGGAGAUCAAGCCUACAUUCUCCGGCGAUGACGGCAAGCCCACACCGAAGGACAUGAAUCGUAUUGGAAAGGCCUUGACUCAACUGAAGAACCAGGCUCAUCACUCCUUUGUGAGCUACAAGGAUACAGACAUUAUCGGCGGGUUGGUGGCCUUCGGGUCAUGGUUCACUUACUGUGAGGUUACGCGAAACGAGGCCGCUGUCGAACGCGCGUUCACCGAUCAUGGUGGACAGGGCUAUAGGAGCCGCAAAGAAGAGAGUGAACAAGACGCACACGAGAAGGACGAAGAGAAGGAGAUUCGUGCCAGAGCGACUUCACCACUCGGUAUCGAGUUGUUCAAAGUUUUCAAGAAUGGCAUGCGAUUUGUGGACGCGAGAACUCCAGGAGGACAAGCGGUUCUUGAAAAGAUUCAUCUUCGAGCGAUGGAACUUGCCCCCGAGUAUUACAAGGACUCAUGGAAAGAGGAGCAGAUGCCUACUAGCGCGCGCGUCGACAAGAGGGGUUAGAUGAUUCGAGAGAUACGUGUACAUUCAGUGUUUUUUUUCGAGCUGGAAUGAU